UUUGUUUGCUGCUGCUCAGGGCUGCCUUUUGGAGUGAUAGUUUCGUUAAUCGUCUGUGGAACAGCAGUGCUUUGAUUCUGAAAGGAUUUUUACUUUGGUAAAAGUUGGUCUUCAGUAGCUUUGCUGUGCUGUCGUGCUACUGUUAGAAAGGUCUUGCCAAAGAAACACAGGGUUAUAACGCACUUUUGGUUCAGUCGCCACGUGUGUUGGUUACAAGGCAGAUACUCGGUUAUAUUCUGAAAGAAACACUUUGAAAGCUCGUAAUAAUUCAGUGCUUAUACUGGUGAAGUUGAAAAGAGAGGAAGCUUUCCCUUGGAAAACUUUGUUGGAGUUUUGAGCUGAGUUCGCUAACAAUUAAGCCAGGAAGACAAGCCCACUGCUGACGGAGUUGUGAGAAGACUGAAGUAAAGUCUGUCAGUCUCUACGUAGACUGUUUUCUGUUUCUCAAGCAAGAGGCGUGAAAACAUCGAAUAUAUCAAGACUCGCUUCUCUUUAGYAGGMCUGCGGUAUAGAGAAUACAAAGAACAAUCAUAAUUUGACGUUUUCAUCCGCAUGAGUUCUGAAAUAGUUAAUACAACGAGUGAAAUACCACUUCGAUCAGUGCCAGAAGUCACAGAGCAGAAUGCAGACAUACCUGMAAAUGGAACAUUAAACCCCAAUGCAGCUGUUUUUAAUCAAAUAAGUUUAAUGACCUUGUCAGACAAAAGCCCUGAACCACAAACWCCAAACACAGCAGAUAAUUCCAAGUGGCAACAACAUGCAGAUGGACARCAAAUAGUUAUAAUGGCAGAGAGCCUUCAGUACAGCCCUCCUGCUGCAGUCAAUGGCUAUGGAGGAACAUACUCCAGUCCUGGGGCCCAGUCCCAGGAAAACUCUCCAGACAGUCUCACUCUGGACGAGUUGAAAGCCUCCUUGCAGAAGCAAUUGGAAUAUUACUUCUCAAGAGAGAAUCUUUCAAGGGAUAGUUAUUUAAUAUCCCAGAUGGAUGGAGAUAACUUUGUUCCUAUUUGGACAGUAGCAAACUUUAACCAGAUCAAGAAGCUCACCAGUGAUAUAGAGUUGGUUAAAGAAGUUCUCAGAGAGUCUCCUCUUCUUCAAAUGGAUGAAUUGUGUGAGAAAGUCCGCGCAAAUGUCAAGCGCUGCAUUGUUGUAUUGCGAGAAAUCCCAGAGUCAACUCCUAUUGAGGAGGUCAAGGCUUUGUUUGAAGGAGAAAACUGCCCCAAGCACACCAAGUGUGAGUUUGUCAGUAAUGAUUAUUGGUACAUUCAUUUUGACACUGAAGAUAGUGCUCAGAAGGCCUACAAAUAUCUUCGAGAGGAAGUAAAGACAUUCAAUGGAAAGCCAAUCAUGGCAAGAAUAAAAGCAAACACUAUACACCAGGCACCACCAAAAAGUGUGCCACGUUCUUCACCCCAGGUGGAUAAUACUGUGAUAACUCCUCCUCAUCAAGCUCCUAUGUAUAGUCCAAGAUUUCAAUUUCCUGCGGUCAAGGUUUUCCUCCAAAUGGUUUCAAUCCAGCUCCUAUGAAGGGGAUGCAUGAUAAAUCUGGUGGAAACAUGAGACAUUUUCACAUGAAUCGUCCCAGAGGAUACGGACCAAAUAAACCACACAACUACCGAGACCAAGGAAACAAUGACAGAAUGGAAAGAGAAAGGACAAAACAACAAYCAAAUAACUCAUCAGGAAACGCUCCUUCAGUCAGUCCUACUGCUCUAAAUAAUACUAAUACAUCAAACAAUGCAACAACRAACARCAGUACAGCAAGYAGAGAUGGUGCUAAAUACUCUGCAGGAUCAAUGAGAAGGGAUCAAGAUGAUUUCUCAAGAAGAAACCAGAAACCUCUUAGUAGAAGGCGAAGAGGAAGCAGUGAAGACAUUAGCAGACAUUUGCGCACGAAGGAAAACCGUUCAAGUCCAGUUCGUCACAGUAAAGAUGACAGYGACACCUUGGAUUUGGCACCAUCAAGCUUCCCACCACUUCCUACUGCAGCAUUUGGAAAGAAGCAGUCUGGAUCUGUUUCAAAGGAAGCACCAGAGAUAAAGACUGCAACUCCUCCUAAAGUUGAAAAACCCGCGAAUAUCCCAAACUCUAAUCCUGCACCUUGGUCAAAGAUAACUGAAAACUCCACCAUACAAAACAGACCCAAACCUGAAGUGGUUAGUCCAACCCCAAAGCCCGUAGAAACUCCAGUGUUGCCAAAAGAACCAGUUGUAAAACCUGAAAAGUCACCAGUUUCAGAAAAGCAGCCUCCAGUUAACACACAACAACAGUCUAAUCUCUCAAAACAAGCUGAAAAAAUGAGCUAUGCACAAAUGGCUGCACAAAAAGGACCUAAGCCUGCAGCUGCUGCUGGCUCACCACCAAGUAAUCAAACCAAGUCGCCUGGAAAAUAAUACAAACUACUGCAUCCAUUUUCACCCUUUGAUGUCUGAUGUUUAUGUUGGUCUUACUGGCUUUACUACUUAUACCACUGUGGAUAUAGAUAUAGAUAUGCCUUUUUGUAAAAGAUUGAACGGGAAAACGAAUAAUUGAAAACAAAUGAGUUGCUUUCGAUGUAUAUCUACUUAGUUUGGUCAAACUUGACAUUCAUCAACUUUUGAUUCAUGAUAGAGACUUCAUGUCACUCAGUUGUCAUUCAAUAUUAAGUCUGCAAAAGUCAGAACUUUUUGUUGGCUCCAGAGGCAUAAUGGAAUUGCAGCACACACUGAUUUGAAAUGUGAUUGCGGAUUCUAAUGUCCAACAACUUUCUAGAGAAUUACUGUGUGGCUAUCAAAAUUUUAUCAUUAUGGUGAAGAUUACAAGAUGCUAGUAAUGUGAAACUCUUCGUGAGUAUCUUGACCAUCAAACUGAUCAUGGAAUUUGAUCGUGGAUAGAACUGGAUGAUUAACAGAUCACAUCAAGGAAUUUUGUGAUUAUGCAGCUUUGAGGACAAAUUGAACUAUUAAUAACAAAGCUUAGAAGACAUUGAGUGUCUAAUGAUGAACACUUAUCAAGAAGUAGCGAGUAUUUAAAAGACUGUAUAGUCGUAGUGUAUUUCAAGGACAUUUACACUCAAUGGAUUAUACAUUAUUGGAAUCAUUGGAUUCUAUUGCAAGAGACUACAUACUUGGUCCCUGGACUGGACCUCACAGAGUGGCUUGCGGCGAUACUACUCUGUACACUGGUAUCACUGGUCAGGUAUAUAACUAUGGAUUGGUUCCUAACCUGUAUAUGCUGGUUAAAAACUAGUAUGACUAGUUAAACUAGAAUUACUGGUCAACUUGGUUAUGUUAGGCAUUGACAUGAAAAAAGUCAUUCCUUGCCUUCCUAGAAUUAUACUAACAUGUACAACUAAUGAAAUCAAGGUACAUGUUUGAGUAUAUUUGGUGUAGAUGACUGGCAGAACUUGUUAGUGACAUGUUACAAUGUAUAAAAUAUCUUAGGUGUAUAAUAGAUUGUGGCAUUUUCAGCAAAGCACAUUUUUCUUAGCCUUGACUGCCGUCUGGUAUCCAGAUAAUGAGUAGAACAAAACGGAGUAUUUUAUGACGCGGUUCGUUUUUGGAAAAAUGUCUUUGUAUUAUUGCUGGAAAUUCAGUAGAGGUCACACUUGGUUUGUAUUAUGUCCAUUUAUCUAGUAUAUCGGCCGGCAUUAAUAGUUCUUACUAAGAUUCUGAGAAUUAAUAACAGCUGGUGUGCGAUUUCUUGAAUUGAACCCUGGACAUAAAACAUUCUCUCCAAACUUGAACCUAUUGAAACUCUGGUACUGACAACCAUUUAUGAAAUUCUUGAAAAAUAUUCAGGUGAAAACUUUAGUAGUUAUUGCUAUGCAAAAAGAAAAGAAAAAUGAUCUAUUUUAUAAGGAAAAUGAUGGUCUAGAAUAUCAUGUUUUCCUUAAUAUUCUUAAAAUCUUGACCUUGCAUAAUUCCUUUAAGUGAAAUCUUAGCUCAUACUUAUAAACAGGUUUUGCCUUGUUCAUUUUGUCUAUUUUGCCUUCUGAUUGGCGAUUUCUGUUCUCUAAUAAUAUAAAAUAUUAAGUGUGAUAGCCGAUUUAUUUUAAUGAAAAAUUUGGAAAAAUAUUUUGACUUGAUUUUGGCUUGAAUGCGUUUUCUAAAAAUGGCUAUUAUUCAGUGUUGUAUCUUUGACUUUGUAGAAUUUUUUCUGACCUAUUUUUAAAUAAAUGCUAUUGGAAUGGAUUAUGCUGAGAUCGGACAAUUAAAUUAUGUUUUGAUUACUUGAUCUAUAGCUUUCUAAACUCAUCAGUUAUCAGUUAUAUAACUGACAGAAGCUAGUAGUUUAAACUCGCAAGGGACUCAACAGGCUUAAUCCAAAAUUUAUCGUCAUCGUUUUCGUAUUGGUAUUUUUAGUGUUUUGGAGGGCGAAGCCCUCAUCAUGGUUAAGGACAGGAAUGGAUACGAUGKAGACUAAAACUGGUCCGAAUUAACACUUUCAUUCAUUCAACAAUGUAAAUACAACGUGCUUUUUUUUAAGAAAACUUUAUGUCGCGUCAUAAAAGCUCAAAAAAUCUCAAAGUUGUUUGAAUCUYGGAAUUGCAUUACAAUGCAAGAAGAAUCGCGUCGUUUYAAUAGAAUACUUGAGAUGUGAGCUAACCUUUUAGCAAACAAAAGAUGGAAAGGAACAUAGUACGGCCUARGUAGAUUUAUGAAACGCAAUCRUGCUGGUUUGACUGACAGAUUCGCAACUACGAAAUCUUAAGAUAUAUAUAUGAUAUAGCCAUAAUGUUAGUAAMGGCUUUUUUGUCUCGAUGUCUUGUACAGAAGAGUUAUUGUAAUAWGUGGAGAUACUCAGACCUGUGAAAUAAUUAUAUUUGAACAAUAUAAAAGUCCAGCAAACAUACAGGGUUUUGACUUCACGCUAGAUUACUAGCUAGCGCAUUGUUUGAGUUAUAAUUAUAAAUAUGCGGAUAUGAUUUCUAGGGCGUCGAUAUAAUGUAAAAAUGACAAAAAAGAUUGAUUUUAGAUUACUAGUACAAACGUGUAUGUCUAAAAACUGUGAAAUUCUAUGAGAAAAAUAGAAAAAUAUUUUAGAAUUGAUUCUCUAUAAAGUAAAUAUCURAAUGAGGACAUUUUCUUCAUCUUCAUAUUGUAGGAUUUAUGCAUCAAUCGGUCACGUGGUACAAUAUCCACCAUAUUGGAUGGCAAGUUAGAAUGUAUAUAGCUUUAAAUACAAUCUGAGUCAACCAAGGAGAGUUUAUUUUUGGAGUUCUUUAAUCUUUAUCUUAAAGCAAAAUAACUUCUCCGUGGAUGACUAAAGGUUGUAUUUAUAGCUAUUUGCAUAAUCAAUUACAGUGGAUUUUGUACCAGAUAGGAGCAAUAGAUGCAGAAGACCUAUUCCAGACGAUCUUUGACAUAUCAGUGAAAAAUAAAUAAGUUUUACUUUAUAGAGAAUUAACUUAGCAUUUGAAUUCCAUUCUUUGAUGAUGGUCUCUGCUUGUCGGGUUUAGAAGCUAAAGUUACUUAGAUAAUAGCACUAUUCAGUUCUUUCGUCUACAAAGCAUUAUUUAAAGGUGUAUUUUUGUUCCAGCACUGUUGUAUUUAGUUAUAUAUUAUAAGUGUGUAUGCAUGCUCAAACACUGUGAAUGGCUCAGUAUGUGUUGGUUGCAGUUCACUGAGGGCCCUGCCSAAACAGCAAACUUUGUUUUUAUGGAUUUUCCCGUUUACAUUUCAAGUGUUCACUCAGAUUAACUAGUAAAUACAUCAAGUGCAUGUAAAGCUUGCAUCCACAAAAGAAGGUUUGCUUAAUCAAAAAUAGCAUGAUACAAAUAGAUUGGGCCUUGUAUGAUAAUCCUUUCUCCAAAAUGGCCGCAAAAGUUUUGCUCAACCGAAGACAAAAUGAGCCCCAAGAUACUUCAGKAUAUGCUUCACUUAGAAGUUUAGAAAAAUUCUGUAGGGAUGAGAUAGUACUGAGGAAAAAAAAAACAAAAAAAAAACGGCUUAUUUUUCAAAUGGCGACCAUUUUGGAUAAAGGCCUAUUUCGAACAGGAGUGGUCACAUUUGGCAUUUUGUCAUCAGAUGACUUUGACACUAUGUUUGACUAAAAUUUCACCAUCAAUCUCUAUUGAUUCCUCACGCCUCGUUAAGUCGGUUAUUUUUCAAAAAAACCUUUCUAUAAAAGUUCCAAGGCUUCUGGUGCCAAAUUGAAAUYCAUUUGUGUUAUAGAAAUGUAAUGGUGAUCACAAGAUCUGUGUGACGGAAGAAGGGUAACCAACAAUGACAUAAAUUGUGUUCAGAACAGGUUUUGUUUAUGCGCAUACUCCACUUCGCCAUUACUGCGUGAGAUACAUCACCUGAGAUGAACACGCAGUUUCAUUCAACGUGCAGGCACAACUAUAAUGGCAAAGGGGAACUGUAUUUUGAUGAAAACAAAACAUUUUGAAAGCAAUCCUAAAUGUCAUUAUUGGAAUCUUGCUUUGUCCAAGAAAAUAUGGUAAACUGGGCCACCACAUGCUGKAGUCAAAACAAGAAAUUUAUCAUAACUGUGAAAAAGGUUUUCUAAAGCAUUAAUUUGUUAAUAGACGGCAUAUUUUGAUAGAGCACAGCGAAAAAAAAUUAAAACUUAGACUUUAUGUUGUUUAGUAAUUUCA